AUGUCUUUGGAAGCCGAAAUUCGUCGAGACACGGCCAAUCUCACUCCUACUCGCUUCCUCUUGGAAUGUGAUGAUAUCAGCUUUGGUCUCAACUUCGAAAACUCUUACAGUCCCUUUGACGCCAGCUGCAAAUAUCUCACCAACAGCAACAACAACAACAACAGCAACAACAGCAACAGCAACAGCAACAACAACAACAACAGCCAUCCCUUCAAGACCGACGUCGACUUUUUCAACUCGGACAACAACAGGAACGCCAUCAGCUCUGCUCCCAUUCAACACCCUUGGUCCGACAUGGUCUUUGAUGAAUCAUAUCUGCCCAUGCGUCCAACGACGCCCGGUGUCUCGCCCCCAUCUUCUACUUCUUCCUUUUCGUCGUCGUCGUCGGCAGCCACCUCCCAAUCGUUCUAUCCCUCUUCAAACACCAGCCCCAUCCAAACUUUCCACCCACGCAUGAUGUCCAUAACUUCGGAUCAUCUCAUCUCCCAUCCCGAGGCCUCACACACGCUUACUCACGAAUACCAUGCCAUCUAUGACAAACUCGUUCCCUCCAAAAAGUCGUACCACAGUGAUCAAGAUCUCCCUCGGCUCUCGCCCGAUUCUCCUUUCAAUUCCCCUUCUCCCGAUUCCCUCGUUCCCACAGGCAUCUUCCGCAACAACAGCAUCACCAUGGCCAACCCCAACCAAGCCCACGAUUCUUACCCAGCUCAGCAAGCCGACAUCGACAACAACGACAACGACAGCUCCGACGAUGACGACCAAGAUAUGAGCGACAUCGACAACAACGGCAUGGAUGUCGACUCAAACAAGUACAACGACGGCCAUGACGAACAAGACACUGUUACCUCACCCAGCUCGCAAUCCUCUCGAGACCCUUCGGCUGCAAGCGAGUCGUCCACUUCCAAGAUGACACGAACCCGAACCUCUAAGCGUGCUGCCGCUGUCGCCGCUGCCUCUGCGAUCUCGUCAAAGUCUGACUCCAAGCCGUCGUCAAAGACAUCAACAAAGUCUAAGAGGGCUUCUACUGCGUCAAAGUCCAAGGGCAAAGUCUAUAGCACCACGGCCACUAACAACUCCGACAUGUCAACCAAGAAUGUCGGUGUCGCCAAGACUCUGUCCCAGCUGCGCAAGCACUCUUCCUCUGAGGAGGAGUCUCCCGAGGCCAAACGUCAAAAGUUCUUGGAACGCAACCGCAUGGCGGCUUCUAAGUGCCGCGAGAAGAAGCGGUUGCAGACGCUCAAGACCAUCGGGGAUGCCGACGUCAUCACUGCUCGCAAUCAGGCCCUGCACGAGACUCUUGAUGAGCUACAGGAAGAGGUCCGCACUCUGAAGAACAUGAUUCUGUGCCACCGCGACUGCGGAUGCGAUGUCAUCCAGAAGUUUGUGCAGAGCAGCUUCAAUGUUCCAUCCGUUCGAGUCCAGGCUCCUCCCGGCCAAUCGUACUUCAAGCGAUUCUAA